AUGGAUGAUGAGUAUGAUGUUAUUCUUCUUGGAACUGGCUUAAAGGAAUGUGUGUUGGCCGGAUUACUCGGUGUGGCCGGAAAAAAGAUUCUUCAUAUGGAUCGUAACAAAUAUUAUGGAGGAGAUUCUGCAUCAAUGACACCACUUGAAGAUCUCUACACCAAAUUUAAUAUGCCUCCUCCUCCAGCUGAUACUGGUCGUGGACGUGAUUGGAAUGUUGAUCUUAUACCAAAAUUUUUGAUGGCAAAUGGUCUUUUGGUGAAAUUAUUGAUUCAUACAGGUGUAACACGUUAUCUGGAAUUCAAGUGUAUCGAAGGUAGUUAUGUUUACAAAGGCAAUAAAAUUCAUAAAGUACCAGCUGAUGAACGAGAAGCACUUUCAUCAUCAUUGAUGGGCUUAUUUGAAAAACGUCGAUUUCGAAAUUUUCUUGUAUGGGUCAAUGACUAUGAUGAAAAAGAUCCAAAAACACAUAAAGAGGUUUCUCCACAGACAAAAAUGAUUGAUGCAUUUAAAAAAUUUGGUCUCGAUCAAGAUACAAUUGAUUUUACGGGCCAUGCAUUAGCACUUCAUAGCGAUGAUGAUUUAAGUGCAAUAUAUGGUGGAACAUAUAUGUUAGAUAAAGCAGUAGAUGAAAUUGUUUAUCAAGAUGGUGUUGUUAUUGGUGUUAAAUCAGGUGAUCAAGUAGCAAAAUGUAAAGCGGUUAUAUGUGACCCAUCGUAUGCACCAGAUAAAGUGAAAAAAGUUGGACAAGUUAUUCGUGCUAUUUGUUUGUUACGUCAUCCUGUCAAUGUUGGUUCAAAUAAUUCACCAGGAUCUAUACAAAUAAUUAUUCCACAAAAACAAGUACAGCGACACAAUGACAUUUAUGUCUGUUGUAUGUCGGCUGUAAAUAUGGUCACACCAAAAGAUUGGUACGUUGCAUUAGUCAGUACAACAGUAGAAACAAAUAAUCCAGAAGUUGAAAUAAAACCGGGUCUUGCUUUAUUAGAACCAAUAUUUCAAAAAUUUGUAACAGUUAGCGAUGUAUAUGAACCAGUUGAUGAUGGUGUCAAUAGUAAAUUAUUUAUAACCAGUUCCUAUGACGCCACAACUCAUUUUGAAUCAACAUGUUUAGAUAUAUUAGAUGUUUACCGUCGAGUCACUGGUGAAGCAUUUGAUUUUUCAAAAAUAACAAGAGGUUUAGAUGCGGACGAUAGUGCAGAAGGAGUGCACUAA